AUCCCUUUAUCACCCAUUAAUUCAUCUUUCAAUUUUUGGUUCAAGUUGAAAGAAAAAUGGCAGAUUCAAGCUUAGAAGGAGCCAAAAAGAAAGAUGUGAUUCGAAUUGAACGUGAAUCCGUCAUUCCAAUUCUGAAACCUAGGCUCUUCGUCUCAAUGGUUAAUCUUAUGAAGCAUAGUGCCGAUGGAGACGAGUUUUUGAAGCUGUGCAAAAGAAUUGAAUAUACAAUUAGAGCUUGGUAUCAUCUACAAUUUGAGGAUAUGUUGCAACUGCAUUCACUCUUUGAUCCCGUCUCUAGUGCCCAAAAGUUGGAACAAAAGGGCUUAACUUCUAAAGAAAUAGAUGUACUUGAACAAAAAUUCUUGACCUAUCUUUUUGAGGUAAUGAAAAAGAGCAACUUCAAUAUUGCAACUGAUGAUGAAAUUAAUGUUGCACUUUCUGGACAGUAUCUUCUAAAUCUUCCAAUCACUGUUAAUGAAUCUAAGCUUGACAAUAAGCUUUUGAAAAAAUAUUUUGAAGCACAUCCCUAUAAUAACCUUCCAGAUUUUCAUGAAAAGUAUAUAAUCUUUCGGCGCGGAAUUGGAAUCGAUCAAACGACGGAUUACUUUAUAAUGGAGAAAGUGGACAUGCUCAUCGCACGUUUCUGGGCAUUUCUACUAAGAACACUCGGGUUGGAAAAACUAGUAGCAAAAAGAUCGAAAAGACAUGGUAAAAAACUAGAUCCAAAGAAGGACAAAAAAAUAAACUCAUCAGAAGAAGAAGCUUAUCAAGAUGAUGUAUAUGACCGGAUACGCCUUGAAAAGAUGCCAUUGAGUUUUGGUAGUUUGCUAAGCAAGACAACAAUCCAAGAACCUACAUUUGAUAGGAUCAUUGUUGUUUACAGGCGAGCGAGUUCCAAUUCAAAACCAGACAGAGGAAUUUUCGUGAAGCAUUUCAGAAACAUCCCAAUGGCCGACAUGGAAAUCGUUCUUCCAGAAAAGAAAAAUCCUGGCCUGACUCCUAUGGAUUGGGUGAAGUUUCUUGGAUCUGCUAUAGUUGGGUUGGUAGCUGUAGUUAGUUCACUUCAAGCAGCUACAGCCGAUUUGAGGGUUAUUGGGGCCGUUUUUUCUACCGUUGUCGGUUAUUGUGUUAAAACAUACUUCACGUUUCAACAAAAUUUGGCCACAUAUCAAGAUAUGAUUACACAGUCGAUGUAUGAAAAACAACUCGACAGUGGAAGAGGAACACUUCUCCAUUUAUGUGAUGAUGUCAUUCAACAAGAAGUGAAAGAGGUAGUGAUUUCAUUCUUUAUUCUGAUGAAACAAGGAGAAGCUACAAGACAGGAACUGGAUCGAAGGUGUGAAGAACUUCUCAGAAAAGAAUUCAAUGAGAGUUGCAAUUUUGAUGUAGACGAUGCGGUUCAUAAACUUGAGAAGCUGGGAAUUGUUACUCGGGUGGGAUCCUAUAGGACAAUAUCAAUGUGUUGGAUUGAAGAGGGCUAGCGAGAUAAUCGGUGGUGCCACCACCGAAGAGAUUGUAAUUAAGGCAACACAAGGAAACAUCACUCCUUGAUUCUUACUAUUCUUGUAAAAAUAAUGAUUGUUAAUAUGUAACGAGUUAAAAAUAUAUUCAAAAAAGACUACGAAAUGCACCUUUCAAUGCUUAAAGAGAAACAGUUCAAUUCGACAGGAACUGUUCUAAGACAAAGGGGUCAAGUUAGUGAACCAUGUCGUUAAAAACUUAAAAUCAGUUCGACUUUUGGUUUUCAGAGCAAUCCUAACAAAAUGCACUGCACAAGAGAUUUAAGAACUAACAAAAUUCAAACAGGUAGACAAACAUAAUAACACAAAUAAAUUGUCACAAGCCGAAUAUAAGACAAACAAAUCAUAAUCAAUAAACAAAAACAUUACUUUCUAGGGCAUCAAUCAAUUCAAAAAACUUACUAAAAUGAUCCUAAGAAAGAAAAACAUCAUUGAAUGAACAUGUUUCAAGCAAUGGUAACCUGAAUAGUUCUUUUAUGGUUCUUAGGUUGAGGAGGAGGAGGCAAUUUCUGAACAGUAACACUAAGCACUCCAUCUUGACAGAUAGCAGAAACAGCAUCAGCAUUAGCAUUCUUAGGAAGAACAAAUUUGCGCAUGAACUUGCCAACCCUUCGCUCCAUUCUCGAAUACUCGACUCCUUCUCCCCUCUUUUUCUCUCCGCUGAUCACAAGGUAAUCAUCGUCUUCAUGCAACCUGGUUGCAAA